UAGUAGAGGUGGUUGUUGUUGCUGCUGCGGCUGCUGUUAUCGUAAAUUUGCGCAGUUCGUUCGCUAAUAUAAAAAAUGAGAGGAGAGGGACAGCGACUAGAGAGCGCGCGCAAAAACUAAACUGUAUUUUUUUUUUUUUACAAAGAGACGACAAACCGCCUGCGUCGCCGCACCUUAUUGCCUGCCGUGCCAGCCACCUUUCCAGCAUCCCGCAGCAUCCUUGCCCUCGCCGUGAGCGUCCGUCGCGUGUAACUAUAAAAAUCUGUGCCGCCGCAGAGCACCAUCAUCGCAUCAAUUGCACUAAUUUCUUCAAUCAACGGACAAGGCAAACCAUAACGAAACCAAGAUUUCCAGAUUUUAAGCGAGUGAAACUAGCGAAAAUUGUUUAACAAGUAACUAAACCUCGAAAGACAAAGAAGACGCCAACGACGACGAUGCCUUAUCAGCCAGCAAACAGCAGUGGGAGCACCGGGGGCAGCAAAACGGCUGCCAAGAUGGCGCAGCUGAAGUUCUGGAAUAAGCAAAAUAACAGCAAACAGCAACAGCAGGACAAGGACAAGGACUCGGCCAACGAGGGUAACAUCAGCAGCGGCAACAACAACGGCGGCGGCAGCAGCAGCAACGGUGGCGACUCCAAGAGCGAGUCAAAGAGCGGCAAGCGCAACUGGCUGCAUACGCCCGAGCAGCUCAUCAGCGGACAUGCGGUCUAUCUAGUCAAGUUCUUUGGUAACCUGAGCGUGGACCAGCCCAAGGGCAUCGAGGUGGUCAAGGAAGCCAUACGGAAGCUACAGUUUGCCCAGCAAAUGAAGAAGGCGGCCACGGGCACCCAGGAGAAGUUCACGAAGCUCGAGAUAACAAUCAGCAUCAAGGGGGUGGCCAUCCAGGAGCCGCGCACCCACAAGAUUCUGCACCAGUUCCCGCUGUACAAUAUCUCGUAUUGUGCGGACGAGAAGGGUGUCAAGAAGUUCUUCAGCUUCAUUGCCAAGACGGUCAAGACGCGGGAGGGCGAGACGACGAUAACGACGAAUGGCCAUACCAAUGGCAGCGGCAACGGCAGCCCCAAAACCGAGGAGACCCACGAGUGCUUUGUCUUUAUUUCGAACAAAUUGGCCUCGGACAUAACACUGACCAUUGGCCAAGCCUUUGAUUUGGCCUACAGAAAGUACAUGGACAGCACCGAGAAGACAAAUCUGAGCAAGGCGCAACAGCAGAUCAAUCAUCUGCAGCAAACAGUUACCCAGUACAAGGAGCGACUGAGCGAAUUGUCCGCAAAAUUGCCAAAGGCCGAGCUGGAUGCCAUGCUCUUUAAACUGGGCAUCAAGGACAUUCUGGAGGCGCCACCCACCAGUGAGCUGCAGAAUGGAAUCGAUGCCAGCGGCGAGGCCCUGAGCAACGGCAAGCUGGACGAGGAUAAGCUGCUGAUUGACACCAUUUCCACGACGGCCUCGGUCCACUCAGCGUCGCCCAGCUCCUUCUUGCCCAUUGUGCCGCCGCGGAACACUCUGUCGAGCCAGAUCAGCAUCAGCGGCAAGAGCAACAGCCAGAAGAUGGAUGAGCUGCUGCUGAACUCCGAUUCGGACAGCGAUUUCGAUCCACGUGCCGAAGAGGCCACCCAGGACAAUGGCACCAAUGGCCGCAAUGCCAUCAGCAAUGAUCUGUUCGGCUUCGAGCCACCCAAGAGCUUUGGCCAGCAGCUCUUCUUCAACAACAACGAUCACAAGUUGCAGAACAACAACACCAACAGCAACAGCACCAACAACAACAUUAACAAUAGCAGCUUAUUGAUCAACAGCAGCAACAGCAUCAGCAUAAACAGCAGUGGCUUCUCCAGCGAGCUGAACAUAACGCCGCCUUUAUUGGCGCCGCCGCCAAAGAUUGCUGCACCCAGACGCAGCACCUCGGUGACAACGAGCAAUGGGCUGAAUGGCAACACAGAUCUAUUCGGCUCGGAUCCUUUCGAGAUGAGCAAUGGUCCGACCAUCUUUAAGCAGAAUCAGCUGAACAUCGAUGACUUUUCGCUGGAGAGUUUGGAUCCCCUGCGAAAGUAGAUAUCAAGGAAGUGCUAUCAAGGCCAUUUCAGCUGGGAAAGCAAUUUUAAGAUUCAUCCCACUGGAUGGAUAUCUAUCCGUUAAACGUUAUCCUUUAUCCGUUUGAACGUUUUCCCCCGACGUUUCUCCAAAUCGCACGCAUUCCAAUUGCAAUUCGAAUUAUUGAAUGAAUGUGUAUUAUUGUUUAUAUAUAUAUUCUAUUGUAUUGUAUUGUAUUUAUUAUCAUUGAUUUUUUGUCGAUUUUAUAUUGCAUAUUAUUAUGAUGAUUCCCCCACUAUUAUUAUUGUAAUUAUAAAUACAUAUGAUUAUUAUCUGAGAUCGGAUCGAGAUCAAAGGAAAUCAAAGAACAACAGCAAUCCAUAAUGUAAUGCACUCUUUGUUUAAACAUCAUCCAAUUUGUUGCUGUUGUCUGAAAAUAGUCUAAAUGAAUGUCGAGCGAACAAUGUUAACAAGUGAUAAUGUGAGAAAAAAAACAAAAAAAAAUCAACGCUAAACAAAACUAAAACUAAAUGUGAGAA